AUGGUAAAUGACAAGAGCUGCACCAAUUAUGACAACAACUUUGAUUUACUAAUAAAACGAUUUUGUAGUGAGUUAAAAAAAAAAGAUAAAAAUAAAAAUGGUUUAAUUACACAUAAAACUUUUAUUGAAGUGUUGGAUACAUUCCAAAUUGAAUAUGAUACCCCAAUUAUAGAUUAUUUAAUGAAAUACUGUGUUGUAACUGAGGACGGUUUUAUAAAUUAUAAAAAUUUAUUGCUUAUUCAUGAUCCUUCAAAAUCACUUAGAAAUAUUUCCGAAUCUGUACAUGAAAAUUUUAAUCCCAAAUUUAUGUAUAUGCAAGAUAAAUAUGAAGAUAAUGAUAAAUAUGUACAAGAAAAAAAUGAAAUUAUAAGAAAAUUAUAUUCUCAAUGGGAUAAAUGCUUAUUAAAGGACGAUGAGUUCAAAGCCAAAUUAAUUAAUAACAAUGUUGACAUAACACCUGAAUUCGAAAGGUCUUUAUAUUUAUAUGGCCCAAGUAGGUCUUUAAGUUUUGUAAAUGUAAUGAAAACAUUGUAUAUUAACAAUAGUAAAAACAGAAAAAACCGAACCACAUUUUUAAACAAAAUGAAAGAUGAAAAACCGUCAAAAGUAAAUAUUGAUGAAAAUUUACAAGAAAGUUUUAAACAAACGGAUAGAAAUCCUAUAACAUGGGAACAAUCACGUAUUAAAGAUUCUGAUAAGGUAGUUGAAAAUGUUGAAAUUAUUUCAAAUCAUUUAACGAAUAGUAAUACUACAAAUGAAGAAAUGCUUCCAAAGGAUUUUAUUAAUAACACAAUUAAAAAUAUAAUAAAAAAUUAUAUAGCUAAUAAAAUUUCGGAUUGUGAAUUUUGUGAAUACUUAAGUAAAUUAAAUGUAUCAGUAACGCCUGAAUUAAACAAUUUAAUUAAACAUCAUGAAUUAGACAAUAAUGGAAAGUUUAAAGAUUUUGUUACAGCAAUAAAUAGAUGUAUGAAGAAAAAUGUUUCUCCCAGUUUAAAAACAAAUACAGCACUGAAUGCAAUUAAGCAUGACCGUGAAAAAGGUAACUUAAAUUAUACCUUUAAUAAAUUACACAAAAAUGAUUUAAUGUGUAGUGAUAUUAAUAAUAAUUAA